CACUCUACAAAUGGGAGUUGGGUCAUUGAGAAAUAUGAUACUAGCGAUGAUGGUUUUGUUGAAAGGGGCUUUUAUGAUUGAUAGAGAAGAAUAUUUGUCUCCUGAUGUUGAAUAUGAAGGUGAUACUGUUCAACUUUCCUUUGUGUUUAUUAAAACUGACGGACCAUGGCAUUUUGGUGAUGAAGAAGGUGUUCAUCUUCUGAUAAAGAGACCUUCUGUUGAGCAGAUUCACAAUAUCCAUGACAAUAUCAGUGAGAAGAACGUGUUAAUGGCUCAUAAGAAAGGCCUUUACCGCUUUUGCUUCACAAACAAGUCACCUCAUUGUGAAUAUUUUGGCAGAAUGAUCUCUCGUUUUCGGAUUCCUUCCAUGAAAUAGAGAUAAUUACACAAAUACAACUAGGUCCUAAAUGUGGUGAGCUAUGAUUACAAUAAUUUGCAAUCAAUUAUAUAUGUAAGUAUGGUAGAAUGAU